AUGAGAUUUGUGAUGUUGUUUUUGUUAAUUACAGUUGCUAUUUCUGUGAAUUUUGCAGAAGUCGAGUGGUGCAAAUAUCAAAACAAACUUGAAUGCUGCAAAUUAGGAGAAAAAUGUUCACCACAUUACCAAUGGAGUUUAUCUAAUAACCAAGUAGAGUUGCCUUAUAUCACUGAUGGGUUUACCAUUAAAUGUGAAUUUAAUACUGAACUCAAUAUCACAAUCAACAAGAAUUCUUUUUAUUCAUUGAAAUUUGAUGAAAUUGGGAAUUACAAUUACUCUAAAAACAGCAACUCUUUCAUAAUUGGACCAAACAAAAUACUUAAAGAUUCAAUUAGUGUUAAUCAAAAAGGAACAACAAAAGGGUCUUGCGCAUAUUGCAAAGUUUGUGUUGGAACAACAUUACUUUGCUCAGAAUGUAAUGAUGGUUAUUAUCUGAGCUCUGGUUCAUGUUUUAAAUGUCAUUCAUAUUGUGCAACGUGUUUCAAUUCAUCAUACACUGGGUGUUAUACAUGUAAUAAUGGGUAUUAUUUAACACAGGUUUCCAAAUGUCUUA